AUCACCACUCUCUCUCUCCUCUCUUCUUGUAUCAUUAUCCUUCUUACAGUCUAAACAUCGCAUACUACAAUGAUUGACCAUCUACUGGGACGUCCGAGUGACGCCUGGAAGCGCACUCAGGUGUUCAUCGUCCUCAGCUUCUGGAUAUCAGUCCUCCUACAGGGGAAUCGCGGCGGGCCGCGCUUUCUCUGGAUACGUAGGUUCAACAGGCUCUUACAAAAGCUAUUUACUCCAUGGCAGAUCAUCGUCGGCGCGUUCACGGGACUAUACGCUGUGAGGCACUUUGACGCUAUCGUCGGUCUCGCCGCACCGGAGCCUCUAGCACGAAUGUAUUCGAGAGCCUACUACCGUGCUACGUGGAUUGCUACAUCCCUCGAUGCUGGAUUUGCCACUGCGAUACCCAUUCGGCCCAAGUGGGUGCGGGAGAUCGCCCAGGUCGUCCUCGGGGUGUACUACAUCUUCUACGCCAACGAGGCGGACGACAGGUUGAGAAAGUUCAGAGCCGUGUGCACCGUCGAGAUGCUUCGAGCGACGUGGGAGAAGACAGGGAACCCUUAUCUCCGUGCCUUCACCUUCUGGGACCGUCCUUCCCUGCCUCUUGUCCGCCAUGUCGUCCUCCCCCGUCCUUCUACCUCGCCUCACAGGAAACCUAUCCGCGCUACGUUGUUCUAUAAUGGGACGCCUGAGCAGCUCAGACAAGCACGCGACCUUAUACUUGACUUCCCUGGUGGGGGAUUCAUCUGCCUCGGACCGGAACAUCAUGAAGAGCGACUGAGGAGGUGGGCACGGAGGACCGGGAAACCUAUCCUUAGUGUGGACUACGGUAAAGCCCCGGAAUAUCCGUACCCAUGGGCACUCGAGGAGGGCUUUGACUGCUACCUCACGCUUGUCCAGACUAAGGGAGUUACCAUCGGCAUGGCGGGCGAUGAGCUCAGCAUGAUCCUGACGGCCGAUUCUGCCGGGGCGAACAUCGUCAGCACCGUAAUCUAUCGAGCUAUUGAAAGCUCCUUCCCUAUACCUCUCCCCCUAGCGGUAGUGUUCAACUACGCCGCCCUCGACUUCGGCUUUGGCGCGUGGAUGUCCCCGGCCCACCUGAGGGUGCUGAGGGAAGAGCAGUCCUCGACGCAUAUCCCCGGGUUGGAAGAACAGAAGAACCACCUGAAUCAUCGGUCGCCCCUCAGCGUGGUGAAGGACGACCGCAAGCAUAGGCGCAAGAAGUCCUGGAGGGAUACGCUGGUAUUCCGCCCCCAAGGACAGAAGAGUGUCAGUCCCGAAGGGGAUAAGCAUAUUCCCGCUGUUGUACUGCGCGCCAUUGCAGAUGGUCCUGAUGGAGGAGAGGGGGUGCUGGCGGAUACGGAAGAAGAUACGGGGACGGGGAACGACACCCCUGAAGAUGAGCGGCCGAUCCAGGCGCGCAUCAAGGUCCCCGCUAAGGAUGCCCCUGGGGCGAAGGAGGAGAAAGGGAAGAAGAGGACGAAGAAGGCGCCUAUUGGGACUCGGCUGACGAUGACCAGCCGGACUGGAUUUUUCCAGGAUAGGAUCAUCUCGCCUAGUAUGAUGCGAGCCAUGGCCAUCCUGUACAUUGGUAGCAGGCACAACCCGGACUUCUCGACCGACUAUUAUAUCUCCCCCAUCCUCGCGCCUAACAACCUGCUGGAGAAGUUCCCGCCUUUGCUCAUGACGUGUGGAGAGAAAGAUCCCUUCGUCGACGAUACGGUUAUCUUUGCUGGCCGGAUCCGGGAGGCCAAACGGGCGAGGCGGGUCGCAUUGCGUACUGCUUCCCUUAACAGGGACGGAUUCUUUGGUGAAGGGCUACGCAUGACCUCCAAGUCUGAGCAGGCGAAGCUCCUUGAGGAGAAGGAAGAAGACUGGGUCCAGACGCAUAUCUACGAAGGCUGGAGCCAUGGGUACAUGAUGAUGACCGCGCUUAUGCCUUUUGGAGCGACGGCCGCGAUCUACCAGAACGCGGACUGGAUGCGCAUGAUGUUCGACAAACAUGAGCUGCGCCAGGUCGCGGCUGCCGAAGCGGCUGUUACUGCUACUCAGCCUCGUGCGGAGAGGACUACGCGCUCAGAAGAGGCGGAUGGGGGAUACCCCCUCGGCUCGGAGAGCUCGAGCGAAGAACUCCUCGAAUUUGCGUCGAGCAAGAAACGCCGCUUGUCCUCUCUGUCCUCUGCUCGUACGGCCAAGCCCGCCCUCGCACGGCACUCAAGCAGCGCUAGCAGGCUCACAAUCUCCGACGAGGGGAGCGUCACUGGUCCCAGUACACCCGCGACAUCCGUAGGGUCAUCAUUCGGCGUCGACGGCGCGCUGAAAGGCGUCCGCUCAGCUUCGCUCUCUUCUGACCGCCCUGCAAUGGGGAAACGCACCACGGAGCUGAGGUCCAGCCCCCCUCUGCGAGCAGAACUAAUGCAAAUGGUGGGCCGGGUCACUGCUCCCAACGUGGUGGUGAACGAGGCCGAGCUUAUGCGGAGGCGGAGAGAAGAGGCUGUAUUUGGCUUUGAGACUCAUCACUUUUCUGAUGUGGAGGAUGAGACGCUUGAGGUGUUCUGAGCCUCAAGCAUUGGGUGGGAAGAUAUACCCCUUGUAUACUAACUUAUUCAUGGCGCUGUACCUCAAUCUACCACCUACGAAGCAGACGGUAUUACAUAU